AUGUCUGGAUCCAAAGAAAGAUUUUCUCCAUUUGUUAAACAAUGUUUCGUGACGACAGGGGUAUGCUGCAACGUCAUCGGCAUCGGGUGUACCCUGGGGUUCCCAGGGGUUCUCCUGCCGCGGCUGCACCAGCUAGGGUCUCCCAUCAGACCUAGCAAGGAGAUGGAGUCCUGGAUUGCAUCGGUGGCGGCGAUUUCGAUGUUCUUUGGCAACUUCAUGACGCCACCGAUCAUGGGCCGGCUGGGCCGCAAGAUGGCGCACUACGCCGUCACGGUGCCCGUGCUGGCAGGCUGGCUCGCCAUGAUCCUCGCCACCAGCUCUGAGGCGCUGCUAGCCGGGCGCAUCCUGCACGGCAUCGGCGUGGGCAUGAUGCUGCCGCUGCGCUCGGUGCUGCUGGGCGAAUACAGGCCAAGCCACACCGGAUGCGUAUGCGUAGACGUGCACGUGCACGGGUGCUGCGCACGUCACGCAGCGCACGCCACGCAGCGUGCUGCACACGCAGCCGGUGUGGCUCGGCCUUACACCAGCCCCCGCAACCGCGGUGGCUUCCUCACCACCAUCGCCCUCGCCCAGGGUUUCGGCAUCCUAUUCGUCCACUUGGUCGGCACCUUCCUCUCCUUCCAACACACGGCUAUCAUCAGUCUAUCCUUCUCUGUCAUCAGUUUCCUCAUGACUAUCUACUCUCCGGAAUCACCAAGCUGGCUUGCGACGAAUGGACAAUAUGAUAAAUGCAGAGAAGUGUUCAUAUGGCUGAGGGGAGAAGAAGAAAUUCCGGAGCUUGAGAAAAUGAUCGAAACUAGCAAGCAUUUAGAACGAACGAACGAACUAAUAAGCAAAGGACUUAAGGAUAUUGUAGCAAUAGUGAAAAAGAAAGAAUUUAACAAACCUGUUCUUCUCAUGUUCGCUGUUUAUAUCAUGUCGAACUUCUCAGGACCGAUGCUCUUUGCUUCGUAUUCAACUGUGAUUUUGCAUUUAUUGAUGGGCCCAGAUAUUGAUGCUCAUUUCUGGAUGGUGGCGUUUGAUAUCCAGAGGUUAAUCUUCAAUAUAGGCGCUGUUUAUGUGAUCAAUAAGACUGGGAGAAGGACGAUGAUGUUCGCUACGGGAGCUCUCUGUGCUGGCAGUCAUCUCGCUCAGGCCGGUUACGUUUUUGCUAAAGCCAACAACUACCUUCCAUUUGACUCGCUGUGGAUCCCUGGGAUACUCGUGAGUCUUCAGGUUCUAUCAUUUGCUGUAGGCAUGAUUCCGCUGCCAAGCGUGAUAGCAGGGGAAGUGUAUCCGUUACAAUACAGGAGUUUGGCAGGCAGCGUUAGUAUAGUGGCAUCAGCGGCAUCGAUAUUGCUGGUUCUUAAGACGUUCCCUGGUCUGAUAUCUGGCAUCGGCUUGCAAGGGGCUUAUCUACUGUACACGGGGGUCAUUGUAGCGGGGCUGGCUGUGGUCUUGUUCCUGCUGCCGGAGACUAGAGGCAGAACGCUACAGCAGAUUGAGGAAUGCUUCAGAGGAGAGCCUUUCGAGCCUGAACGUGAACGUGGCAAAGAAUUAGACCCAUUAAAUAUAACUGAAGAGGAAAAGAUGCUUGCUUGAAUCAGCACUAAGUGGAAAGACAUAAAAUAUAAAUGUAAGUCUUACUGACUGAUAAUUUUGACUUAAAUAGA